GACCCCGGUAGGGAGCGUCCCUGAGCCCCAAUCCCAACUGCCCUCCAGUUCUGACACAGAUUCCUCUCCUGAUCUUCAAUCCUCUGCCUUAAAAGAGGACUCAAACUAGGGAGGUUCCUGCUGAAUUUCUCAUCCGUAAAGAGGCGACCACCUGGGGAUUUGGAGCCGGAUUAGGCAAAAAGCUCAGGAGGAAAUACGGAAGUGGAGUUUCGGGUCUGCGCCGCGGGCUAAUAUGACGAUUAAUAUUCGUUAAAUAUUGGAUGCGCCUAGAGAGAUGGGAUCCACCCCUUGGGGAAAUGUGGAACUUCCCAAAAGAGACAGUAACCUGUCAAAUCAAAUUUACAACGUUAAUUAGAAAAGAGGUACUCCACGAGUGAGAAAAUUGACAAUGUGUUUUGCGUAAUUCAUCUCUUUCUAUCUCCCUUGCACUCUGUGCUGGGAAAAUGCAUCAUCCAUUUGGAGAAGAGGAAACUGCUUCUCAGAAGCAGCUUUUUGGAUUUUUCUGUGAAUGCCUUCGGAGAGGAGAAUGGGAGUUGGCACAGGCUUGUGUACCUCAGCUACACGAGGCCCAAGGGGAUAUCCCAAAGAAGGUGGAAGAUAUACUUCAGGCGCUGGUCAUGUGUCCCAGUCAGCUGAGAUGUGGACAGGAUAUCAACCCUCAAAGAUUAGCCUGGGUCUGGCUUCUUGUACUGGAAAAAUGGUUGGCCCUGGAAAAGAAGUUACUUCCAGCUGGCUUCCGGAGAAAACUUGAGUUUCUUUUACUGUCAGAAGACCUCCCAGGUGACAUCCCGGAGGACAUCCUCAAGGAGCUGUACACGGUCUUGGCACAAGAUGCGGCAGACUCUGUGCUUGAUGGAAAUCAGAGGCAAGAGAGUUGGCCCCCUUGGCUCAGCUCAGAAGCUGUCUCUGUGCUCUGGGAUCUCCUGCGGGAGGCCCCUCAGCCCGCGCAGGCCCUGCUGGAGCUCCUGCUUGGGGAGGAAGAGGGCACGGGCCUCCAAGGCUGGCUCCUGCAGAAGGUGCUGGUGGACCUCAUUCGAAAGGCACUGCGAGCUUUGCGGGGUCCUGCCAUCGGGCACCCAGGGGUGGUCGAUGCCAUCUACGGAGCCCUGCGGACUCUGCGCUGCCCUGCAGAGCCGCUCGGGGCUGAGCUGCGUCUCCUGUGUGAGGAACUGCUGGAGGCCAGCGGGGCAGGGGGGAGUCCCCUGCGGGAGGAGCGGCUGCUCGGCUGCCUGCUGCACAAGGCCGGGCGGGGCCUGGUGUCCCUGUAUGGCCACACCUAUGCAGAGAAGGCCCCAGAAAAGCCACCGACACCCUCGGGAAAAGUCUCACCGGCUCAUCUAGAUCCUGAGCGGGCAAUGCUAGCCUUGUUCUCCAAUCCUGACCCAGCCCAGGCUUGGAAAUUGGCCUAUUUCUACUGCCUGAGCAACAGCAAGCACUUCCUCGAGCAGAUCCUGGUGACAGCACUCACCCUGUUGAAGGAGGAAGACUUCCCAAGUCUUGGCUGCCUGCUAGAUAGAGAAUUCAGCCCUCUCAGUCGACUGCUCGUGCUCCUGGGCUGGACACACUGCCAGAGCCUAGCGUCAGCCCAGAGGCUGCUCCAGACACUCCACAGGACCCAGGUACCUGAGUCAGCAUCUCUUUCUUCUCCCGUAUCAACACAGGACCAAGGCUGUGAUAAGCUCCUCAGGGAUGCCUGUGAUGGGCUGUGGGCUCACCUGGAGGUCCUGGAGUGGUGUGUGCAGCAGAGCAGCAACCCCAUACCAAAGAGAGAUCUCUUGUGUCACUUACAUGGUGGAGAAAGCCACUCAGUGCUCUACUCUCUCCAUCACCUUACAAACCUUCCAGCCCUCAGGGAGGAAGAUGUCCUCAAGCUCCUACAGAAGGUGCCAGCCAAGGACCCCCAGCAAGAGCAUGAUUCAACUGACGUCACGGUCCCUGCGCACCUGAGCCGGUGUCAGAACCUGACGCUCUACCGGAGCUUCUGUGCCAUGAAGUAUGCCAUCUAUGCCCUCUGUGUGAACUCACACCGGCACUCCCAGUGCCAGGAAUGCAAAGACGGUCCCUCUGAGGACCUGGCCGUGGCUGCAGAACCAGUGAACGAUUCUCUCUCCUCCCCAGGUGCCUCAGAUCUCUUUUCAACAUACCUGGCCAGGUGUCAACAGUAUCUGUCCAGUAUUCCUGACUCCCUGUGCCUGGAACUUCUAGAAAACAUCUUCUCAUUGCUCCUUAUCACCUCUGCUGAUCUUCACCCAGAGCCUCACCUGCCCGAGGACUACGCUGAGGGGAAGGGCCCGUCGGGUUUGAGGUCCCCGUCAGAGAGCCCUCAGCACAUAGCACAGCCUGAGAGGAGGUCAGAACAGGGUUCCCUGGGGGCCUCCAGGAGCCUGGCCUACACAGUUCCAAGCUCUCUGAAGGCAGAGCCAAAAGACAGUUCCCCAGAGCCUCACAGGCACAGCUUUUUGGACCUAAAGCACUUUACUAGCGGUAUCAGUGGGUUCCUGGCUGAUGAAUAUGUAAUAGGGGCCUUCCUCAGGGUGCUCCAGGAGCAGCUGGAUGAGCUAAGCAGCCACAGCUCCCCCGAGAAGCCAAAGCUGCUUGAAGGCCAGAGUGGCUUGGGCAGCAGCAGCAGAGACGGACUGCAGAGCCGCCUGCACCAGUUCUCCAAGGUUCUCUCUGAGGCCCAGUGGAGGUACAAGGUGGUGACCAGCAACCAGGGCUCAGAGGAGCAACCCUCCCGAAGAUACCGGCCCAUAGCCACAUGGCACCCCAGUCUCCGCCGGGGUCGUCGGACAAGAAGGAGCCGGGCAGGUGAUCUGAAGAACUCUCUCCAUGCCUCCUUCCCACAAGCGGCAAAUGAUGGCCGGGACAGAGGUUCCAACCCAUCCCUGGAAAGUACAAAUAGUGAGCUGAGCACAAGUACUUCAGAGGGAAGUCUGAGCACUGCAUCUGGGAAGAAUGAGCUGGAUGGCCGGUUGCAGCCUCAGCCUCAAAGUUCACUCAUCCGCAUGAUGUUCUCCCCACCUGAGUCACUGCUGGCAUCCUGCAUCCUCCGGGGGAACUUUGCAGAAGCCCAUCAGGUGGUGUUCACAUUCAACCUGAAGUCCUCGCCCAGCUCCGGGGAGCUGCUGUUCAUGGAGCGCUACCAGGAGGUCAUCCAGGAGCUGGCCCGAGUAGAGCACAAGAUCGAAAACCAGAACUCGGACGGGGGUAGUGGCACCAUCCGAAGAACAGGCAGUGGCCGCUCAACUCUGCAGGCCAUUGGCAGCGCUGCAGCCGCAGGGAUGGUAUUUUACUCCAUCUCUGAUGUGACCGACAAGCUGCUCAGCACCUCGGGAGACCCCAUCCCCACACUCCAGGAGGACUUCUGGAUAAGCAAUAGCCCAGUGGAGCCCACUGCCCCCCUGAGAGAGGUUCUGGAAGACCUCAGCCCCCCCGCCAUGGCUGCAUUUGACCUGGCUUGCUCUCAGUGCCAGCUCUGGAAAACCGGCAAGCAGCUCUUGGAGACUGCUGAACGGCGCCUGAACAGCAGCCUUGAGAGUCGGGGUCGCCGGCUAGACCACGUAUUCCUCAGUGCUGAUGGCAUUCGAGGUUUUCCAAGCGUUCUUCAGCAGAUCAGUAAGAUUCUCAAUUACCCACUUCUGUCAGCCGGACAAAUCAAACCAGAGAGUGUAGAGGAAAAGGGGGGAGGUCCCCCACGGUGCAGCAUUGCUGAGCUGCUUCAGAUGUGUUGGCCCAGCCUCACCGAGGACUGUGUCGCUAGCCACACUACCCUCUCCCAGCAGCUGGAGCAGAUCCUUCAGUCACUGAGAGAAGCACUACAGCUGCCAGAGCCCAGGAGUACUCCACUCACCUCCCUGGUGGAGCAGGUGGCCGGGAAAGCCCUGGAGGCAGAGGCCCACCCUGUGUAUAUCCAGACUCAGCUCCUCCAGAAGAACCUGGGCAAACAGACGCCAGCAGGCGGCAGGCAGACUGACUACAUGGGCACCUUCUUCAGGUACUGCAGCACCCUGGCUGCUGUUCUCCUGCGGAGUUUGAGCUCUGAGCCUGAUCACGUGGAGGUCAAGGUGGGAAACCCCUUUGUUCUCCUGCAACAGAGCUCUUCCCAACUGGUGUCACACCUCCUGCUUGAGCGACAAGUUCCCCCAGAGAGGCUGGCAGCCCUUCUGGCCCGAGAGGGUCUCAGCCUGAGUGUGCCACAGGUCAUUGUCAACUGCUGCUGUGAGCCCCUUGCCCUUUGCUCUUCCCGUCAGAGCCAGCAGACAUCAUCCCUUCUGACCCAGCUGGGCAUUCUGACCCAGCUGCAUACCUCCCACUGCCUGGAGGACCUCCCACUUUCUACACUGAGCUCCUCAAAGCCAACUGAGAAUCCCACGCUGGAGAGAAAGCCCCCCUCCUCCCCGAGGGAUUCAUCAGGCCCAGCCCUCACCUCCUCUGCCUUGGCCUUCCUUAAGUCCCGCUCAAAGCUGCUGGCUACCGUGGCCUGUCUGGGGGCUUCCCAGGGGUCAAAGAUCACCAAGCCCGGCUUGUCUUGGAAGGAGCUUCGUGGCCGCAGGGAGGUGCCUCUGACUGCAGAGCAGGUAGCCCAGGAGUGUGAGCGCCUCCUGGAACAGUUCCCUAUGCUUGAGGCCUCCCUCCUAGCUGCCUGGGAGCCCCUACGAGGGUCCUCCAAGCAGGGGCAGAGUCUGGCAGCGGGUCUCUGCGGCCGGGCCAGUCUCUCUACCGUCCUCCUGGGCCUGCAUUCUCCCAUAGCCCUGGAUGUGCUCACCAAGGCCUUCGAGGAAGCCCUGGUGGCCAGCGAUUGGCACCGGGCCCUUCAGCUCACUGAAGUGUACGGGCGAGAUGUGGACGACUUGAGCAGCAUACAGGAUGCGGUCCUGAGCUGUGCUGCGGCAGGUGUCAAAGAAGGUUGGCAGUACCUGUUUGCUGUGAAGGAUGCAUCUCUGAGAAGUCGGCUAACACUGCAGUUUGUGGACCGGUGGCCCCUGGAGUCAUGCCUGGAGAUCCUGGCCUACUGCAUUUCAGACACAGAUCUCCAAGAUGGGCUGGAGUGUGAACUACAGAGAAAGCUAGCAGAGCUGCUGGUGUAUCAGAAGAUUCUAGGUUUGCAGGCUACCCCCAUGUGGUGUGACUGGCAGACCCUGAGGAACUGUUGUGUCGAGGACCCAUCAACUGUCAUGAAUGUGAUUCUAGAAGCCAAGGAGUAUGAGCUGUGUGAGGAGUGGGGCUGCCUAUACCCCAUUCCAAGAGAACAUUUAAUCAACCUACAUCAAAAGCAUCUUCUCCACCUUCUAGAAAGAGGCGAUCAUGAAAAGGCUCUGCAGCUCCUGCGAAGAAUUCCUGACCUCACCAUGUGCCUUGAGGUCACAGAGCAGUCCCUCGACCAGCACUCUAGCUUGGCCACUUCUCACUUCUUGGCCAACUACCUCACCACCCACUUCUAUGGAGAACUGACCGCAGACCGACACCGUGAAAUCCAAGCACUGUACAUGGGAUCCAAGGUCCUGCUAACCCUGCCCGAGCAGUACCGGGCCAGCUACUCCCACUUGUCCUCUAACCCCCUGCUCAUGCUGGAGCAGCUGCUCAUGAACAUGAAAGUGGAUUGGGCCACCAUGGCUGUGCAGACCCUGCAUCAGCUGCUGGCUGGCCGGGAGGCUGGCUUCACCGUGGACGAGGUGGAUUCACUGCUUUCCAGAUACGCAGGAAAAGCCCUGGACUUUCUGUACCCUCUGCGGGAGAAGCGCUCAGAUCCUGUGAUUUACCUCCAGGAAAUUGUCAGUCCGGCUUCAGACCUCGAGACCUUGUCUAGGUCACCGUCAGUGGAGUUCUCUUCUGUUGCUGCUCCUGGUGUCUCCGUUGUGCAUUCCCCCAGUCCGAGGGAGAGGAGCCUCCCACAGAGUCAGCCGCCACUGGAGUUUGUGCCCCCAGCAACGCCCCCUGCCAGGCACCAGUGGGUACCGGAUGAGAGCGAGAGCACCUGCAUGGUCUGCUGCAGGGAGCGCUUCACCAUGUUUAACAGGCGUCAUCACUGUCGCCGCUGUGGUCGGCUAGUGUGCAGUUCCUGCUCCACUAAGAAAACGGUGGUGGAAGGCUGCAGAGAGAACCCUACUCGCGUGUGUGACCAGUGCUAUAGUUACUUCAACAAAGAUGCGCCAGAGGAGAAUCCAGGACAACCAGGAGCACCAGACAGCCCCAAGAGUGAAAGCCCUCCAUACUCAGCUGUGGUGAGAGUCCCCAAAGCAGCUGAGGUGGAAUGGAUUCUGGAUCUGAAUGAGGAGGAAAAUGAGCUGGUGCGGAGUGAAUUUUACUAUGAGCAGGCCCCCAGCGCCUCCUUGUGUAUCGCCAUCCUGAAUCUGCACCAGGACAGUGUUGCCUGCGGCCACCAGCUAAUUGAGCACUGCUGCAGGCUGUCCCAGGGGCUCAUGAACCCAGAGGUAGAUGCGGGGCUGCUCACAGACAUCAUGAAGCAGCUGCUCUUCAGCGCCAAGAUGAUGUUUGUCAAGGCGGGCCGGAGCCAGGACCUGGCUCUUUGUGACAGCUACAUCAGCAAGGUAGAUGUGCUGAAUAUUUUAGUCGCUGCUGCCUAUCGCCACGUGCCAUCUCUGGAUCAGAUCUUGCAACCAGCCGCGGUAACCAGGCUAAGGAACCAGCUUUUGGAAGCUGAGUACUACCAACUGGGCGUUGAGGUCUCCACAAAGACUGGCCUUGAUACCACCGGGGCAUGGCACGCUUGGGGCAUGGCCUGCCUCAAAGCUGGGAACCUCACCGCCGCACGGGAGAAGUUUAGUCGCUGUCUGAAGCCCCCUCUUGACCUCAAUCAGCUGAGUCAUGGCUCAAGACUGGUACAGGAUGUGGUUGAGUACCUGGAGUCCACAGCGAGGCCACUUCUAUCCGUGCAAGAUGAUGAUUACUUGGCCACCUUGAAAGAGCUGGAAGCUACCCUUCGGACCCAGAGCCUCUCUCUGGAGGUGAUUCCUGAAGGGAAGAUCAUGAACAACACCUACUACCAAGAAUGCCUCUUCUACCUGCAUAACUACAGCACCAGCCUGGCCAUCAUUAGCUUCUACGUGAGGCACAGCUGCCUGCGGGAAGCCCUGCUGCACCUCCUCCACAAGGAGAGUCCCCCGGAAAUCUUCAUAGAAGGCAUCUUCCAGCCAAGCUAUAAAAGUGGGAAGCUACACGUUUUAGAAAACUUGCUAGAAUCCAUUGAUCCAACCUUGGAAAGCUGGGGAAAGUACUUGAUUGCCGCCUGCCAACAUUUACAGAAGAAGAACUACUACCACAUUCUGUACGAGCUACAGCAGUUUAUGAAGGACCACAUCCGGGCCGCCAUGACCUGUAUUCGGUUCUUCAGUCACAAAGCAGAGACAUAUACGGAGCUGGGAGAGAAGCUCUCUUGGCUGCUUAAGGCCAAGGACCACCUGAAGAUCUACCUCCAAGAAACCUCCCGCCGCACUGGAAGGAAGAAAACCACCUUCUUCCGAAAGAAGAUGACGGCAGCCGAUGUGUCAAGGCACAUGAACACGCUUCAGCUGCAGGUGGAAGUGACCAGGUUCUUACAUCGCUGCGAAAGUGCUGGGGCCGCUCAGACCACCCCCUUGCCUCUGCCAACCCUGUUUGGAAACAACCACAUGAAAAUGGAUGUUGCCUGCAAGGUCAUGCUAGGAGGGAAAAAUGUAGAAGAUGGUUUUGGAAUUGCAUUCCGUGUUCUGCAGGACUUCCAGCUGGACGCUGCCGCAACCUACUGCAAAGCCGCCCGGCAGCUGGUGGAGAGGGAGAAGUACAGUGAGAUCCGACAGCUGCUCAAAUGUGUCAGCGAGUCAGGCAUGGCGGCCAAAAGUGACGGGGACACGAUCCUCCUCAACUGCUUGGAAGCAUUCAAGAGAAUUCCACCCCAGGAGCUGGAGGGCCUGAUCCAGGCGAUGCACAGUGACGACAGCAAGGUUCAGGCCUACCUGACGUGUUGCAAGUUGCGUUCUGCCUACUUGAUCGCCGUGAAGCAAGAACACUCACGGGCCGCGGUCCUCGUCCAGCAGGUGCAGCAGGCCGCCAAGAGCAGUGGGGACGCAGUAGUGCAAGACAUCUGCUCCCAGUGGCUUCUGACAAGCCACAGCCGGGGUGCCCACGGCUCGGGCUCCAGGAAGUGA